AGAGAACUAAUGAUGACCCCCCCCCCACUCAAAAGGCCUCCCACCGGCAUAAUUACCCCGAGAGAACCGGAACUUAGUCCUAUUUCAAGAUGGCGACUCGUCUGGACGGUAUUGUUAACUUUUAUUGGCUUUUUGGGUGAAUUUAAGUUAAUGGAUGGCCAAAGACACCGUUCCGGUGCAAGAAAAGAGAGUGAAAAUAGUGUAAACUAUUAUAGAGGGCGUCGUGAGGAAAGAAAAAGAAAUGGACGCCAAAGAAGACGUCACUCUUGGAAGACGGAGAAGUGCACUACAAAGGAUUCCAGUGAAACUCACUCUGCCCCACAAGUUACCACAACUGGCACGUCUUUGAACAAUGAACCUAAAGAAAUCCCAGGUUUCGUUUAUGACUCAGUAAGAAAAAGAUACUUCAAGCAAGAACGAGUUCUUUCAAGACCUUUUACAACCAAAAGUGAAACUAAAUGUCAAGCUGCGACGGACAAACCAAUCAGUGGUUUGAAACCAGUUUUGAAAGUACCCUCAAGAUUAGAAUAUUUUCAAAAAAGGACGACAAAUUUUUUGCCUGGCAAUAAUGUACAUCUUCAAAGAAGAGGCUUAGAUGACUGGGCUAGAAAUAUAUUUGAAAGAAAAUCAGUCCCUUUAGGUGCCACUUAUCCAUGUCCUGCUUUUAAAGGUUCCCUUUCAUGUCUUGCAUUAUCACAACACUCUGGUAAAUUAGUAACAAUUGCAAGACUGCCUGGCAUAGGUUGUAACAGCAUUCACAUAUAUGAUAUCAAGGAUGACAAGAUGACAUUAAUAAGUCCCCAUUUGCUCGCUACGAUAAUUGUUAAUUCGGUGACCCAUGUUGAGUGGAAUCCACAUAAAGGCUUGAGUAAUUUCUUCUUACUAAAUGUAUUUGGUUCUGGAGAUUUGGAAGGAGGUGCUGUUGUUUGCAAGUUUGAUGAGUCUUUACAGUCUUGUGAACUUAAUAGCUACCCUCUGACAAAAGGAACAGCUUGGAAUUGUAGUUGGUCAAGAAAUCCUCAGUUCUCUACUCUUUUGGGCAUUGCUGGGAAUAAGCAAGCAGUGUUGGUUGAUUCUGAAAGGAAGUCAUUAGUUUGUAAAAUAAGGUCUUCCAGUGAUGUCUUCUGCAUUGAAUUUGGCAAAAAGAGUCCUGUUGCAUACCUGGGCUGUCGUAAUGGAAGCAUAAUGUGCAUGGAUAUCCGCUUAGAAAAUGACAAAAAAAGUAAAGUUUUCAAUAUUAGUGGCAAAGUAGGGUCCUCUACAUCCUGGAUGAAAGUCAUGCAGGAUGAGAACUAUUUGAUGUCAAGCAACACCAAUGGAAUGAUCAAGAUGUGGGAUGUUCGUUUAUUAAAACCGGUCAAGUAUUUUCCCGGAAAUGUAAACGAAGUAGAAGUAAUUCCGUUUGUUAUGGAUUCCUCUGAGAGUAUUAUGGCUUCAGCUGGUCAUGAUGGUAAGACAAGGAUAUGGAGCAUACAAACUUGUGAAGUGUUAAAAACCAUUCAUGAAACUCACAUGAAAAAUGGUUAUCCUGAUAUUCCGGCUGUAUGUUUGGGAGAGAAUUGGGCAUCAAGAAGUAAUUUGAUGGCAUUUGGCCUCGGAAUGGGAGAUAAACUAAAGAUGUAUUAUUGAAGUAUAUUAUAUUAGAAGUAAUAUAUAAUUGUCUGUAAUUAUAUUAUGUCAUUCAUAUUGGGGAAAAUUGACUUUAAAAAACACUUGAUCUUAGCAAAUUUAUUUAUACAGAUAUGUAUAUAUUUUUUG